AUGGCGUCGCUCAUCCGCAAUGCUGGACGUCUUCGAGCUCCAGUUCUUGGUGCAAAUGCUCGUCUAGCCCCAAAGGCACCAAUUGCGCCACGGAGACGAUAUGCUUCGGCAGCAGCAGCCGUUGCAGACAGCGGAGAGCAUUCCUUCUUCCCAGAUGAGCCCCGACAGCCAAUUGUCAAGACGGCAAUCCCCGGCCCAGAGAGUAAAAAGGCCAUUGAGAGACUGAGCAAGGUCUUCGACACCAGGAGCUUGAACAUGAUGGCCGACUACUCCCAAAGCUAUGGCAACUACAUCGCAGACCUCGACGGUAACGUCCUUCUCGAUGUAUACGCCCAGAUUGCCUCCAUCCCCGUAGGCUACAACAACCCCUCUCUCCUCCUGGCAGCCACAUCCCCCGAAAUGGCCUCUGCCAUCAUCAAUCGCCCCGCGCUUGGAAACUUCCCCCAGCACGACUGGGCCGACAUUCUCGAGAGCGGUAUCCUCUCCGUAGCCCCCAAGGGCCUCAACCAAGUCUUCACCGCCCAAGCCGGCUCCGACGCAAACGAACUCGCCUACAAAGCCGCCUUCAUGUGGAGGCGUCAACAACAACGCGGUGGCGCCUCGGCCGAUUUCUCCCAAGAAGAUAUCGACUCGUCCAUGAACAACAAAGCCCCAGGCGCCCCCGACAUGUCCAUUCUAUCCUUCAAGACAGGCUUCCACGGCCGUCUGUUCGGCAGCCUAUCGACCACACGCUCUAAACCCAUCCACAAGCUCGACAUCCCCGCCUUUGACUGGCCACAAGCCCCCUUCCCGGUCCUCAAGUACCCCCUCCAUGAACACGAGGCAGAAAACGCAGCAGAAGAGCAGAGAUGUCUGGACGCAACAGAACACAUCAUCACCACCUUCCACAACCCACCCGCCGCCGUAGUCAUCGAACCCAUCCAAUCCGAAGGCGGCGACAACCACGCCACACCAAACUUCUUCCGCGGCCUACGCGAAAUCACCAAGAAACACAACGUCCUCCUCAUCGUCGACGAAGUGCAAACCGGUGUCGGCGCAACUGGGAAAUUCUGGGCCCACGAACACUGGGGCUUGAGCACACCACCGGACAUGGUUACCUUUUCCAAGAAGGCGCAGACGGCUGGUUAUUACUUUGGCAACAACGAUCUCCGACCUAACAAGCCGUACCGUCAGUUCAACACUUGGAUGGGCGAUCCUGCGCGCGCGAUCCUCUUCCGUUCCAUCAUUCAGGAAAUCAAGCGCAUGGAUCUGGUCAAUAGUACUGCUGCCGUUGGUGACUACCUCUUCGACGGUCUCCAGAGGCUGAGUGAGAGGUUCCCCCAGGAGAUUCAGAAUCUGAGAGGAAAGGGCCAGGGCACUUUUAUUGCGUUUGAUAAUGUGCGCCGGGAUGAGGUGCUGAAGAAGGCCAAGGGCGAGGGUGUCAAUAUUGGUGGCAGUGGAGAGAGGGCGGUCCGGUUGAGGCCCAUGUUGAUUUUCCAGAAACAGCAUGCCGAUUUGUUGCUUGAGAGAUUGGAGAGGGUAUUCUUGUCAUAA